CCCGCCUUCCGCUCGCCCGCGCGGCAGCGGGUCUCAAGAGCCGAGCGCUUUGCAAGGGCCUUCGCGGGUUGUGGCGGCGCCGGGGUCGGUGAGGGUCGACCGGCUGUGGUCGGGCUGCGGGCGGCUCGGGCAGGUCGCGGGCGCCACAGGUAGGUGCGGGGCGCGAUGGGCGCCCCGCGGGCGGCGGGCGCUGCGGCCUGGAGAGGCUGCGCCCUUUCCUUCCCUCCUUCCACCCCCACCCCUCCCGGGCGAGGCCACAGGCCGGGGCUCGGGGCGGGGCGCGGCGCGCUAGGCGGGCUGGGCCACGCGGAGUCGCGGCCUUUGUGCAGUGGGGGCCGGGCCCGGAGCCCAGGCAUCAUGAACGUAGGGUGCUGUCUGCCUGGUAACGAAGCCCCCUGGGCGGUGGGCCCGAAGCCAUUGCCUCGCCUUCUGGCGGGAGAGGUGUGGGCAGGGACACCUCAACGCCCCGAACUCCGCCUGUUUUGUUUGGAAAAAGCCAAGAAACCGCCCAAGUCUCCACCAAAUUACCCGUGGAUGAAGUGUCAUGUAGCUUAUCAGAAUGUGGUUUUACAGUAACAAUGAACGUUGUAGAAAUAAAUGGCAAGUGGCAACCUGUUGACAGCGAUACAUGUCAAGUAGUAUCAUCCAGUGGAUUUGGGUUGCUGAUGGUAGGAAUUUGAUUUGCCAUCUUGCAUGCUUGCAUGUACCUUAUUGCCAGAUGCAGAGAUGUCCUGUGUUGGGUUGUUGACUCUUGUAUGCCAAUCACUAUUAGGGUGCCCACUCUCUGCUGGCUCAAACUAGACUCCCAGCCUUGGAAGUGGCUCAGUUCCCACUGUAAUCCAUCACUAACCGAAGAUAGUGAAAGGCUGGCCCAGCUAGUGUGGCCUUUCAGUUUAGAAUAGGAUUUGCGGGGUGACAAAGGAAUUGAUGAGGUCAUACUGCCUUUGGGUUGAGCGGGAGGCUGCAGCUGUAGCACUGGCCAUCCGUUCAGCAAGUAGGAGUUGUUCACAUGUUUUGGGUAAGCCCUGUGCCAGGGUCCAGGGGAGCCAGCAGUGGGUCUGACUUGCUCACAGUCUAAUUGGCAAAUCAAAAUCUGCAUCCAUAGGUCCAGUCAGCUGAAGAAUAGUGAGGUUUACAGGCAGGAGGGCUACCCUUUGAGCUGUGUUGCCAAACAUGUGGAGCAGGCAGUUCACAGUGGCUGUCUGAAUUUUACCUUGUGAGAAACAUGAUUUUGACUGGUUUGCCCAGUUUGGCCUUCUCUUGUCAUCAUUCCCCUCCCAUGUGAUCCUAUGUACUUUUCACAUCAGUUUCCUUUGACAUCUUCCAUGACUCCCAUCUCCAGUACUGUCUGUCCUCCCUUCUGAUCUCCAAUCUCCUGCUUCUAGUUGUCUAUUCCACUUUAACACCAAAUAGGUUGAUUCACUCCAAGAGAUAACCACAGUCCGUGCCAGAACAAUCCUUAUGCCUGUCUAAAGUCACCUUGGUGCCUCUCAUAGGCCUGCAUGUAUCUCCUAAGAAGCCUUGCCACCUGUUUACAACACCAGACCAUUUCCCAGAAACUGUAACCUAAAGUCCCUGUCCAAGCUAUCUGGUGAGCUUUUAAACUCUUCUAAUUUGAUCCCUACUCUUACUCUCUUAGGUUUUCUGGACACAGAGUGAUUCAUUAAAUUGUAAGGUGUUAUAAAACUGAGGUAGUGCAGACUUAGGCCUGCUUGUUUGAGUGGCAAAGCAGCUGUACCACUUCCUAGCUUUGUAACCUUGAGCAAAUUGUUUAACCUUUCUGUCAGAGUACUGAGUGAAUUGCAUAAAAUCCUUAGAGCAGGACCUGUGUGAGGUUUAGCUGCCAUUGUUACCCAUGGAUCAGUGAUACCACUGUUUUGAUCCCUUCUGUGCAGUAUCCUGCUACUCAAGAUAAAAAUGUAAAAAACUGAAUACUUGUUGCCCAGGUCAGUUUCACUCAGCAUACUAUCUCUAGCGUGGCCACACCAUGGCUCUGCCCCAGGGUCUUUGCUUUUCCUUUAAGUAUCUUCUACAGUGACCCUCCUUUUUACUCUUGUUAACCAUCUGGCUCCAUCUAUUUCAUCCUUGGGUGGGCACUGGCUGUAGAACCUUGUGUAAUCUUUUAGAAGCUGCUUUCUAGAUUUUUAUCUUGCUUUGUUUUAGCAGAAUAUUUGUCAGCAUGUGACAUCAUAGAUACGUUUCUUGUUAUUAUCCAUCUCACACUAAUAUGCUCUGUGGGGGAAGUGUAAUUGCUCUGUGGGGCAAAUGUUUUAUCUGCUUUGUGCUUAACACAUAUACAUGGUGUGUAUGCCUUAUGGGGCAUUCAGCAAAUAGUUGAUUAAUGAAUUGAGUAAGCUUUCAGAGGGAAGGUAAGAAACUUACCUUAGCCUGCUGCUGAGUUCCAGAGCUGGACAAUUUGCCUGCUUCUGCAAGAUGUGUACUUUCCUUUUCCAGGGCCUCAGGGUCCCCACCUAUGAUAUAUAUUUCUUUAAAGCUUUUCCUGCUUUAACACUUAUUAAUGUCUUCACUUAUUGCCUUCAUCUGUAGUUCCUCACUGGCCCACUGCUUUUAACAUACAGUAUGCUUCCCUAUCCUCUACCACUCUUGUCUCCAAUCCCUGCCUACUUGAGUGUUCUUACCAUUAGCAUAUCCUACCUCAGAUACCACAGAUUUGACUUGCUGUGAUCUCUGUACACCUAACAGGCACUGUCCUGAUCUUAUUUGAGGUCUGUUAGGAUUAAGCAUGCUGAUGAUUUUGUCCUCUGCAGUGGUCCUUGGUUGCCAGGAAACUUUGAUCUCCCUCCUGGCUUCUUAGUUAUUGCUCUCUUCUCAGUCAUUCAUAAGCACCUUUGAUGGGAACACCUUUGGAGAGGUGUUUUGUUAAAUUUCCAUUGAAUUAAAAACUGUUAGGCCACUGCCAGUUAUAAGACAUAAAGUCAUAGUAUAGACUUCCGGCUGUAUCUAGGCCUUGGGGUUAAUUAUCUCUUGUUUUUGGUAGCACCUCUCAGAGUAGACUGUAAGUGAGUUUUUAAAUGGUUUAAUUUAACCUAAACAAGCCUCUGGCUUUUAUGUACCUUCAGCAAGGCAUAACCACCCCACUCAACCCUUUUAUUGUAAGCUGCUUAUAUAGUUGAUGUUUUCUGUCCUCUUGUCCUUUCUGGAGUCCAAUAUGAGUUAUUGUAGGGGUAACCAAGCUGUCACCCAUGGGCAUGGUUGUAUGUAUGUAUGUAUAUCUGCACCUGUAACUGUGUGCAUGGCAUGUGCAUGUUUCUGUGCAUGAUGUGGGAGUGUGCAUGUGUGUGUUCGUGUGCAUGUGUUUCUGCCAAUAACAUUUUUUUCUGUGGAUCUUUUGGUUUUGUGGCCAGCCUUCUGCUGAUCUGCCUGCCCUGUGUGUCAUCCCUCUUUGCAAGCAUCCUCUGUAGCAGAGCUUCCUAGCAUUACAUCCUUCCCUCUCUGCUCUUUCCCUCUGGUGGUUUUGCUGCUUUACUUCCAUGUGGUCUCCUCCCCUAGACCUCUUCAGGGCUCCAGAGUUAUGGCCUGCCUGAGCACUGUGAGACAGGGCUACCUACAGCUCCUUCUCUUCUUCUCCCCAGGGUGCUAGAGUGUGUCUGCAGAGAAGCUUUCUCUUCACCUUUUUUUUCUGCUUUCCACCCCCAUAGGGUCUGCAAGCAUAGACCAUUCCGUGACACUUUCUUUUUGUCUCCAGAGCUGCUUCCACAUCUUUGUUUUGGAGAAUUGUCCCAACAUCUGGUGCAGUCCUAUACCUGGUAUAGCUGUGAGUCUUCUUUAUAAGGAGAGUCACUUCCCUAUUGAUAGCUCACUAUUCUUAGCCUGGAGCCAGGCUCCAAAUGGCACCCAGAACCCUUUCUACCUUGGCUCUACCUUUCUCCUAUGUUGUCCCACCUACCCCUUCCCCAAUACUAGCAGGCUCCCUUCCCAACAGACACCCUUCCUCUACUGGGAAUGGAUCUAUGCUGCCACUCCUGGUGACCUCAGCACGCUGCAUCACUGUCCUGUCCACGUGCCACGUUGUGGGCCCAGGAGAGGGGGUCCCUGGGUAGCAGAGUGCCUGGCUAUAUCUCUGAGGUCUCUAGUGCCACAGAGUUGAGCUGAGGGUCUCACUCGCCCUCUGACUGACCCAGCCCUUGCAGGUGAGUGGAUUGAUGUCCCUCUUAUGGCCUGAAGGAGGCCAUGCACUCUACGUCUGUUCCUGAAAUGGUGAUGCAUGCUUGCUUAUCCACUAGACCAGGUUAUGGGAGUGCUGUGGGAAAAUUUAGCUUUUUUUUUUUUUUUUUUUAAAGUCUUAGUCUUUUUUGAGCUCUAAGACUGUAUUUUUUGUGCUUCUGAAAUAAAGAUUAAAAUGAAUAGUUGAUAAAAUACUUAAUUUAGGACUUAAAAUUUAAAGUUAUUUUUUUCUGAUGUCUAAAAGGCUUCCUUAAAGGCAGUGUUAUCUUGGUCCUUUACUACACCAUUGAUAACAUUUGACUUUUAACUUUGUACCAGAGAAGUAAAAGGUUUCUGUCAUUUGUGAUGAUAUUUUUAAAUUUUUUUGCAGGUGGAAGAAGAAAGGUGCCACUUUGGCAUGAAGAUAGACUCACUUAGACGUCAAUCUUUUAAGCUGAGUGCAUUGUGAUUUCCAAUAAUUGAGGCAGUGGUUCUAAAAGCUGUCUACAUUAAUGAAAAGAGCAAUGUGGCCAGCUUGACUAAGCCGCCAGUGUGUACAGCGCGGGCAGGACGACACCGGGUCUCGACGGACUUGUGCAUGUUAGCAGUAUAGAUUUAUGUAAGGUGGUUUAAAACUCUGGUCUUUUAAAGUAGUCUUAACUGCUCAUAAUAUGGAGACAUAUGAGAGUCCCUCUCCUCUCCCGCGUGAGCCCGCAGGAGAAGCGAUGAUGGAGAACCGAGCUUGCCCCUUCCAAGUGCUGCCCCAUGAACAGUCUCCACCACCUCCCCUGCAAACGUCCAGUGAUGCAGAGGUAAUGGACGUUGGCUCUGGUGGUGAUGGACAGUCCGAACCUCCUGCCGACGACCCAUUCAACUUCUACGGAGCUUCUCUUCUCUCCAAAGGAUCCUUCUCUAAGGGCCGCCUCCUCAUAGACCCGAACUGUAGUGGCCACAGCCCGCGCACUGCCCGGCACGCACCUGCGGUCCGGAAGUUCUCCCCUGACCUUAAGUUGCUUAAGGAUGUAAAGAUUAGCGUGAGCUUUACUGAGAGCUGCAGGAGUAAGGACAGGAAGGUGCUGUACACAGGAGUAGAACGCAGCACUCGGCCUGAGUGUGGCCAGCUCCUUAGUCCUGUCAGUGGGGACGUGCAUGCUUGUCCCUUUGGCGGGAGUGUUGGUAAUGGGGUAGGCCUAGGGGGUGAGAGUGCAGAUAAGAAGGAUGAGGAAAAUGAGCUGGAUCAGGAAAAGAGAGUGGAGUAUGCAGUGCUCGAUGAGUUAGAAGAUUUUACUGACAAUUUGGAGCUAGAUGAAGAAGGAACAGGCGGGUUCACGGCUAAAGCAAUCGUUCAAAGAGACAGAGUGGAUGAAGAGGCCUUGAAUUUCUCCUAUGAGGAUGACUUUGACAAUGAUGUGGACGCUUUACUAGAAGAAGGUCUCUGUGCUCCCAAGAAGAGGCGAAUGGAGGAAAAAUAUGGCGGAGACAGUGAUCAUCCAUCUGAUGGAGAGACAAGUGUACAGCCAAUGAUGACCAAGAUUAAAACAGUGCUCAAAAGUCGUGGCCGUCCACCUACAGAGCCAUUGCCUGAUGGAUGGAUCAUGACUUUUCAUAAUUCUGGAGUCCCUGUAUACCUGCACAGAGAGUCUCGAGUGGUCACUUGGUCCAGACCCUACUUCUUGGGAACAGGAAGCAUACGGAAACAUGAUCCUCCUCUAAGCAGUAUCCCCUGCCUACAUUAUAAGAAAAUGAAGGACAAUGAGGAACGAGAACAAAACUGUGAUCUUGCCCCCAGUGGAGAGGUGUCACCUGUCAAGCCCUUGGGUCGGUCUGCAGAGUUGGAUUUCCCUCUGGAAGAGCCUGACUCCAUGGGUGGAGACUCAGGGUCCAUGGAUGAGAAGGACCCAUUGGGGGCUGAGGCAGCCGCUGGAGCCCUGGGACAAGUGAAGGCUAAAGUUGAGGUGUGCAAAGAUGAAUCAGUUGAUCUGGAGGAAUUUCGUAAUUACCUUGAGAAGCGUUUUGACUUUGAACAAGUAACUGUGAAAAAAUUCAGGACUUGGGCUGAGCGGCGUCAGUUCAACCGUGAGAUGAAGCGGAAGCAGGCCGAGUCAGAGAGGCCCAUCCUGCCAGCCAACCAGAAGCUGAUCACUCUAUCUGUACAAGAUGCACCCACAAAGAAAGAGUUUGUCAUCAAUCCCAAUGGGAAGUCUGAGGUUUGCAUCCUGCACGAAUACAUGCAGCGUGUCCUCAAGGUCCGCCCUGUUUAUAAUUUCUUUGAAUGUGAGAAUCCAAGUGAGCCUUUUGGUGCCUCCGUGACCAUUGAUGGUGUGACUUACGGAUCUGGAACUGCAAGCAGCAAAAAACUUGCGAAGAAUAAAGCUGCCCGAGCCACCCUGGAAAUUCUCAUCCCUGACUUUGUUAAACAGACCUCUGAGGAGAAGCCUAAAGACAGUGAAGAACUGGAGUAUUUUAACCACAUCAGUAUUGAGGAUUCACGAGUCUAUGAGCUGACAAGCAAGGCUGGGCUGUUGUCUCCAUAUCAGAUCCUCCAUGAGUGCCUUAAAAGAAACCAUGGAAUGGGUGACACAUCCAUCAAGUUUGAAGUGGUUCCUGGGAAAAACCAGAAGAGUGAAUAUGUUAUGGCAUGCGGCAAACACACAGUGCGCGGGUGGUGUAAGAAUAAACGAGUUGGGAAACAAUUAGCAUCUCAGAAAAUCCUUCAGCUACUGCACCCACAUGUCAAGAACUGGGGUUCCUUACUACGCAUGUAUGGUCGUGAGAGCAGCAAAAUGGUCAAGCAGGAGACCUCUGACAAGAGUGUGAUAGAGCUACAGCAGUAUGCCAAGAAGAACAGGCCCAACCUUCACAUCCUGAGCAAGCUACAAGAAGAGAUGAAGAGGCUGGCUGCAGAGCGGGAGGAGACUCGGAAGAAACCCAAGAUGUCAAUUGUAGCAUCUGCCCAGCCUGGUGGUGAGCCCUUGUGCACAGUCGAUGUAUGAGGUAGGCAGCAUGGGCCAACAGUGCUACCCAGGAGAGACCAUCAGCCACACAUCAUCACUCUGCAGCUCCAGGCCUCCAACCUAAGUUCCUUCCCUGUGGCAGGGUCUGGGCUCUGGCUCUGGCACAUGGGGACAGCUGUGACUACACAGUACACAUGCAAAGAAGCAGUUCUGGACAAGCUGCUCUCAAUGUGACUGGAUAUACUUAAGGAUCAGUCAUAAGUUAACUGCACAAGUGGAAGCUGAUAGACAGCUGUAGAUCCUGCUUGUAUGUAUCUGCUGCGGACCGUUUUUAUGAAGGUUUUCAUUAAUUUUAGUACACUAUAUGCACUGACAAGAAGUAAUACUUCGUUGAUAGAUGAGAUGACCAGGUUUUAUAGCUUUGGCUGGCCUAUGAUGCCAGGUAGCCCCUUUGCUAUGGUUCUUUCUGGUGGAGCCACUGAGACUUGGUCAGAAGAUGCAGGUAUCCUGUCCUGUAGAAUUACCUGCUUUGUGUGUUUUGCAUUUUCUUCUGAAAAAGUUAUAACAGAAAGGAAUAUUUCAGGCUAUUUUGGCUUAAAAUAAAACAAAAUUUUAGCACCAGAAAUACUCUUCCGAGAUUGCAGUGAAGAUACUGAGUGUUAGUCCGAUUGAUCCUUUUUCUUAUGAAGUCUUAAUGUCCUAACAGCCGUCUUCUGGAUACUGAAGCUUCCACCUUCGAUAAACUUAGCAACAAUUUUUUACAGAGAUUUUUGCACAACCAAGCCCAUCUGUUCAUCAAUUUUUAAAGCUUUUAUGAUGUUUUAAAAUUUGGAAAGAAACUUUUACAGUAAGAAUGAAAGAUGCAUUUCAACAGAUGAAUAUGCAUAAAUAGGGAACUGGCCUUCAAUGUAGCCCAUCACUGACCAAGAGCUGCCUGGCACAUUGUACACGAUAAGUAGUUAUGGUGUUUUUUGAUCUCAAGGAUAGCUGCUCUGUGCAGCCAGGCCUGAUUGCAGGUUUUUGUCUACCUAUGCUCAUUGGAUAGCCCCUGUAAAUGGGUAUUGAGUAGAGGGGUAUUCAGAGCCCUAUUACCUGUUCAGAGGGGCUACACUCUACAUCCUCAGUGUCUCUAACCAUGUACCUGAAGAUACAUGGGUGACAUGUGCUGUUAGAAAGAUAAGAUGGCAACUGUGGGCCUCCCAACAGCAUCUUCCUCCUCCUUAAUCAUGUGUGUGACAGCAGUUAAUGUUUAUGUUAAUCUUGGCAAAAAGAACCCUUAAUUCAAGUUGGUAGACUUGGACACUUGAUUCUUUUCUGCCUCCCAUUCAGUUGUGUUCAGUCUUUUGACUAACCAUUGCCCUUAAAACAUACUUAACAUUGAAAAAGCAUAUGGUAAUGGUGGUAUCUCUGCAGCCUCACCGACCCAGGCACUGUCAACAGGUGCUGCCACACAUUCCUGGUCUCCAGUGCCCUCCCUGUCUCUUACAGGUGGGUCUUAUAUGUACAGUCAUGCUGCAAGGGUGGGGAGCCUGUGCUGAUGUGCUUCUGUGUGUUGGCCAAGGCUGUAGGGUGUACCCUGAUGGUCUGAACACAUAAAACUGUCCAAAAGGGAA